GGGUUUCUGUUCCUUCAGAGGACAGCGCACCUCGUCGGUUUCACAUCGGACCAGUUUGGAUGGAGGAGAUUCUAAAACGUGCGAGAAGGGGAUGAAACUGUUCACACAAGUCCCUCACACAAGUUAUGGCCUCUGAGAGCAGUGUGUGGAAUACCUGCAACUACAGCCGCGAUGUCACCUUCUUCUAUAACCUGGUGGGGAAGAAGAUUAGUGAAGAGUGGAGCACACAGGACUUUGUGGUCAUCGGACUGGGCUUGACAGUAUGUCUUAUUGUAGUCCUGGCCAACCUGAUGGUGAUGGCAGCCAUCCUCAUGAACCGUCGCUUCCACUUCCCCAUCUACUACCUCCUGGGAAACAUGGCUGCAGCAGACCUGUUUGCAGGAAUCGCCUACGUCAACCUGAUGUUGAACACGGGCCCCUGGACCAGAAUGCUCACCAAGGAGCAGUGGUACAUCCGCGGGGCUUUGAUUGACAUCAGCCUGACGGCCUCUGUGGCCAACCUCCUAGCUGUGGCCGUGGAGCGCCACCAGACCAUCAUCACCAUGCAGCUGCACAGCAACAUGACCAAGCGGCGUGUGGUGCUGUUGAUAGUCUGCAUCUGGGUCACGGCUAUCAUCAUGGGCCUGGUGCCCUCCACGUUUUGGAACUGUGAGUGCGAUCUUGAUGACUGCUCUACCGUCGCUCCCCUCUACAGUCGGCGCUUCCUUAUCUUCUGGGCAGUUCUCAACCUGCUCACUUUCUUCAUUAUGGUGGCAAUGUACGCACGUAUCUUCAUCUAUGUGAGAUACCAGAGCCGGGCCACGUCUGAGCACACGUCAGAGAUACGACACAACCAGACUGUUGUCAACCUGAUGAAAACAAUCUCCAUGGUUCUGGGUGCCUUCGUAAUCUGCUGGACACCUGGUCUCAUGACUCUUUUACUGGACGGGCUUUUGGGUAAAGCCAGCCACGCCAACAGCUUUGAGAAGUACUGCUUGGUGAUAGCUGAGUGCAACUCUCUGGUCAAUCCCAUCAUCUACUCUCUCCGGGACAACGAGAUGCGAAGGACUUUCAAGUGGAUCCUUUGCUGUCUGUGUCGGAAAGGUGCUGAUCAGCGGCGGCAGCCUUCUGUCAAGAUUAACUCUCCACUGUCAGAGGAGACUCUUGACUUUGUCCAGAAGUCCGAGGAUCGGGCCUUACGUAAGCCUCAAGACUCCCACGACAAAGACGGUUGGACAGAGCCCAGGGUAUGACGGCAGUUCAGAAACACUGUCAUCUAAACAUUUAUUAUUCAAUUAAGUUUUCUGCUGGACAUUUGACAAUUUCUACAAAGCUCUUUCUUCUGUGUUCACUUUUGAGACUGAAUUAAAAAAAAAAAAAAAAAACAAGGCUGAAAAAGAUUUUUAUCAGCACUGGAAAAAAAAAGCUUGCAUUGCUCAGCAUGUUUUCCUCAGCCUCAGUGAGGCUAACAGAUUCACAUAUUAAUCAUAAGAUGGUGCAAUCUCUCCUUUUAUUACAUUUGACUAUCACAAGAGCAUUUGUGACAAAUUAUAAAAUGAAACACUCCUAAAAUCUGAAAUCAAAUACUGAAAAAUCACACUAAAUCAUUUUUAUUAAUUUUCUAAUAAGAACACUACAAUUUGUCAUAUUCUUCCUUUUGUUUUACUCUUUCUAGAACAAUUCUAAAGUUGAGGUAUAAAAGGAGUUCAUACAGACUCACAAGUCUGAAAACAGUGGGGGUUAUAUACAAGAGAAAUGGAAAGACAGAGGUAGAGAGAGGGGUAAAUACAAGGGAAAGAGGGGAGAUACAAAUAUACUAAUAAAAA